AUGGAACGCCUAUUUUCCAUGGCUGCUUUUCUCACUUUUCUCAUUCUUUCUGCACUAAUGGCAGUAUCAGCCCAGCAACAAAGAUAUUCCAAUAUUUCCCUUGGAUCUUCUUUAAAACCCAGUACAAAUUCAUCAUGGUUGUCGCCUUCUGGACUCUAUGCCUUUGGAUUCUACAAGCUAACCAAUGGCUAUGCUGUUGGAGUUUUCAUUGCUGGGAUUCCAGAAAAGACUGUAGUGUGGACAGCCAACAGGGAUGAUCCCGUUUUUCCCAGAAAUGCCAAUUUGCUAUUAACCAAUGAUGGAAGGCUCACUUUGCAGCAGGAAGACAGAGAUGACAUAAAUAUUGCAAGUUCUGUCCGGCCAGUCGUUUCAGCUUCAAUGCUUGACAAUGGAAAUUUCGUGCUGUAUGACUCCUCUCGUAGGAUUACAUGGCAGAGUUUUGAUUCCCCGACGGACACUCUUUUGCCCGACCAACGUCUCCCGCCUGGAAUGGAUCUCGUCUCCAGUGCUUCGAAAACGAACCCUGCCAGAGGUAUUUUCCGUCUCGCGAUGCAAGGUGAUGGGCACCUGGUGCAAUACCCUGUGGAAAUUUCCGGACCCAAUUAUGCUUACUACGCAUCAGGCACAAUGGGAACAGGCAAUAAUGUAUCACUGAAUCUUGAUAAUAAUGGCCAUCUUUAUUUGUUCAAUGGAAGCUCCAUUAUAAAAAAUUUAACGACAGGACAAUAUCGAAAAAGAACUAUCUACCUCGUGAGAAUUGAUGUUGAUGGUAUUUUUCGACUAUAUUAUCGCUCGUUGGAUCCUCAAGGAAACUGGACCAAAGAAUGGUCACCCUCGGAAGAUAUAUGUGGCCCUUUGGGUUUAUGUGGGUUGAAUGGUUAUUGUAUUCAGUUGGAUACAGUUGCGGAGUGUGAAUGUCUUCCGGGAUUCGAUCGUGUUAGUCCAGGCAAUUGGACCUCAGGAUGCGAGAGGAAUUUUGUCAUGGAAGGUUGUAAAGCCAAGGACCAAAAUGUCAGUUAUGAAAUCAUAUCAUUGGAUAACAUAGUGUGGGAAGACGUUAAUUAUGGUGUUUUAGUAAGAAUGGCUAAAGAAGAUUGUGCAAAAGCCUGUUUAGAGGACUGCAACUGCGAUGCAGCUUUCUUUCAAGAUGGAACCUGCACAAAGCAAAGGCUUCCAUUGAGAUACGGAAGAAGAGUGCUGAAUAAUCCAACUGUUUCUCUUAUCAAGGUGAACACAACAGCACCAUCGACUCCAAGAGUUCCGAAUGAUGAUGGAAGGCUCAUUUUGCAGCAGGAAGAUAGAGGUAACAUAAUUAUUGCAAGUUCUGUCCGGCCGGUCGUUUCAGCUUCAAUGCUUGACAAUGGAAAUUUCGUGCUGUAUGACUCCUCUCGUAGGAUUACAUGGCAGAGUUUUGAUUCCCCGACGGACACUCUUUUGCCCGGUCAACGUCUCCCGAAUGGAGUAGCUCUCGUCUCCAGUGCUUCGAAAACGAACCCUGCCAGAGGUAUUUUCCGUCUCGUGAUGCAAAAUGAUGGGAACCUGGUGCAAUACCCUGUGGGAAAUGCCGGACCCAGUUAUGCUUACUAUGCAUCAGCCACAGACGGAACAGGCAAUAAUGUAUCACUGAAUCUUGAUAAUAAUGGCCUUCUUUAUUUGUUCAAUGGAAGCUCCAUUAUAAGAAAUUUGACGACAGGACAAUAUCGAAGAAGAACCAUCUACCUCGUGAGAAUUGAUGUUGAUGGUAUUUUUCGACUAUAUUAUCGCUCGUUGGAUCCUCAAGGAAACUGGACUAAAGAAUGGUCCCCCACGGAAGAUAAAUGUGCCCCCCUGGGUUUAUGUGGGUUGAACGGUUAUUGUAUUCACUUGGAUACAGUUGCGGAGUGUGAAUGUCUUCCGGGAUUCGAUCGUGUUAGUCCAGGCAAUUGGACCUCAGGAUGCGAGAGGAAUUUUGUCAUGGAAGGUUGCAAAGCCAAGGACCAAAAUGUCAGUUAUGAAAUCAUAUCAUUGGAUAACGUAGUGUGGGAAGACGAUAAUUAUGGUGUUUUAGUAAGCAUGACUAAAGAAGAUUGUGAAAAUGCUUGUUUAGAGGACUGCAACUCGGCCUUGAUCCUGGCAAUUUUUGGGAUUUAUGUCCACAGAAAUCAUGUUGGGAGAUAUAAGACGAUCCCCCAUGUUGGACUGAUUGAGGAUGUUGGUUUGCGAGCAUUCACCUAUCCAGAGCUUGUGGAAGCAACAAAUGAGUUCAAAGAAGAGCUCGGUCGAGGAGCAUCUGGCACAGUUUACAAAGGGACCUUAUCAGACAGCAGAAGGAUAAGAGGAACUCGAGGUUAUGUAGCCCCGGAGUGGCACAGGAAAUUGCCUGUAACUGUUAAAGCAGAUGUUUACAGCUUCGGAAUUGUGCUACUAGAGAUCAUAUGUGGUAGAAAAAGUGUCGAUUCAAGCCUCUCUCCGGAUGAAGCUAUUCUUGAAGAAUGGGUUUACAACUGUUUCGCUGCCGGAGAGCUGAAUGAGUUGGUGGGAGAUGAGGAGGUUGAUGAGAGAAAAUUGGACAGAAUGAUUAAAAUAGGUAUUUGGUGCAUCCAAGAUGAGCCAUCUCUCCGUCCGUCGAUGAAGAAAGUUCUAUUGAUGUUGGAAGGGACCGUGGAAAUCCCAGUACCUCCAAGUCCUACUUCUUUCCUUAGUACAAUAUAG